GCCGUGUUGUAGAGAGAGCAGUGGAGGGUGGUUAUGGGGUACCGACAGCUGGCGAUUGCCAUGCUCUCGCUGGCACACCGCUCGUCUUCCUUCGUGCCAAGAGCACUGACCACGGGCAGCAGCAGAGGGAGAGCACGUUCACAGGCAUGGAGUCGGGCCGGCACGGCGGCAGCGGCGGCGACGGCCGUUAGGACACGGAUGUCGUCGGCAUCGUCGUCAGCAUCAUCCACCGGACACGACACGAAGGAGAUGCCGCCGUACUACGUGACAACCCCGAUCUACUACGUGAACGACAAGCCGCACAUCGGGCACGCCUACACCACGCUGGCGUGCGACGUGAUCGCUCGCUUCAUGAGGCUCGACGGGAGGGAGGUCAUGUUUCUGACGGGAACGGACGAACACGGGCAGAAGGUGGAAGCGUCGGCGCUUAAGGCCGACAAGUCGCCGCAGCAGUUCUGCGACGAGGUUUCGCAGGAGUUCAGAGACUUGUUGAAGACCAUGAAUUUCAGUAACGACCGCUUCAUCAGGACGACGGACACAUCGCACAAGGUGGCCGCGUCUGCUCUGUGGAACAGGCUGCAGGAGAGGGGGCAAAUUUCGCUGGGGGUGUACGCCGGGUGGUACAGCGUGAGGGACGAGGCCUUCUACGGGGAGGCGGAGCUAGUGGACGGCAAGGCGCCCUCAGGCGCUGAGGUGGAGUGGGUCGAGAAAGAACCGUCGUACUUCUUCAAGCUAAGCGAGUGGCAGCAGCCGCUCCUGGACUUCUACGCGGAGAACCCGCAGUUCAUAGCCCCGGAGUCGCGGAGGAACGAAGCGGUGUCGUUCGUGUCGGGGGGGCUCAGAGACCUCUCCAUUUCCAGGACCUCCUUCUCCUGGGGGGUACCGGUGCCCGGCGACGACGAGCACGUCAUGUACGUCUGGGUCGAUGCCCUGGCCAACUACAUCUCGGCCCUCGGUUUCCCGGAGAUGGGCGAGGCGGGAGAGUUCAGCAAGUUCUGGCCUGCGGACCUGCACGUCAUCGGCAAGGACAUCCUCCGGUUCCACUCGGUCUACUGGCCGGCCCUCCUCCUGGCGGCGGGGCUGGAGCCUCCCAAGAGGCUGUUCGUCCACGGGUGGUGGACCAAGGACGGCCAGAAAAUCUCCAAGAGCACGGGGAACGUGAUAGACCCGCUGGACCUGGUGGCCCGUUACGGGGUAGACGCUACGCGGUACUUCCUCAUGAGCGAGGUACCCUUCGGAAACGACGGGGACUUCUCGGAAACCGCCUUCCAGAACCGCGUGAACUCCAACCUAGCCAACGAAGUCGGAAACCUCGCCAUGCGGACGCUGUCCAUGGCGGUAAAGAACUGCGGGGGCCAAGUGCCAAGACCGGCGGCAGCUGCCGAUGCGGGGGACGUGGACGAGGGAGGUGACAAGGCGCUGGGGAGAGAAGACUUCGACCUUACGCCUGAGGACAAGGAACUUCUUAAGUCCGCGGGGGAGUGCCUUGGUGUCGUCAGGCCACUUGUCGGGGAGACGCAGCAGCUGCACAAGGCCUUGGAGGCUAUCUUGCUGGUCUCUAGGGACGCCAAUAGAUACGUCGAUUUCCAAGCACCGUGGAAGCUCAAGAAGACCGACCCAGAUAGAAUGAAGACGGUCUUGUGGGUGCUGCUGGAGACGAUUAGACACGUAGGGAUCCUGUAUCAGCCGUUCGUACCCGAAGCGGCCGGGAAGCUGUUGGACCAGCUAGGGGUGCCGGAGGGAGAUGCGCGAUUAUUCGCGGCGUUAGAUCAGGGGGGAGGGGGGCGAUUUUCGCUGCAGCCCGGGGUCCCCCUGGACAAGCCCGUCCCCGUUUUCCCUAGGAUCGAAGUGCCGGAGGAAGCGGUUGCGUCUUAG